AUGAGCAGCGCAUUAGAAACCCCCGAACUCCUUACUUGGGACCAACGCUCGGAUAACGAAAUUCUUGCCGAUCUGCAAACCUACAAACCAGUCGAUGGCACUUCUGAAAGGAACAUAUGGUCCUUUUGGGACAAAGGACUCACAGCUUGUAAGCCAUGGUGUCAGAGGAAUAUUAUUGGUUGGGUUCGUCGGCAUAGUCCCCGGUGGACUGUAAGAGUACUUGACAUGGUAGAUGGCUCGCCAAACCAUUAUUCCAAAUAUUUCUCUGAUCCGGAGUGCUUCUUUCCAGCUGCAUUGUUGCAGAAAACCAUGAAGGGGACCCACGUUGGGCCACAUGCGGCGGACCUCAUACGUUUGCCGCUAUUGUACCUAUACGGCGGCGUAUGGCUCGAUGUAGGGUUUCUGUUAUUUCGUGAUCUCGACGACCUCUGUUGGUGCGCCCUAGCUGACCCCUUCAACCCAGUCGAGCUAGCCGGUUUCAAAAUGACUAUAAGCCAAGCUCUAGCCAUGUUCUGGAAUGGAUUAAUUGGGGCACGUAAAGGUUCCCUAGUCAUCAAAUACUGGCAUGAUAUCUUUUUGAACGUCUGGAAUAACCGCACUAGUUGUGAUGGAAUAAAUUCGCACCCAUUGUUGCGCCACCUGCCACGAUAUGAGGUGCCGUCUUCCACAGGCCUACCACCGGCAUUUGUAUACAAGAACUUUGUUGACUACUUGGCACAAAUGUUUUGUCUCGAGCGACUGCAGCACCUUCGUGACCUAAAUCGGGAUUGGGAUGGAUUGCGGUUUUUUGAGUCUAGAGUAUUGCUCUUUGAGUGCGUUAGUGAAGUAUACUGGGCUCAGCACAUAACACACUUGGACGGCAGAAAGCAGUUCAAUAUGCUAAGUUGCGUUCGUGCGGAAACAGAGCCUGAGUUCCUGGAGGCAGAAAAAUUUAUACAAGAGAUCUUAUCGACGUCAUCAACUAUGAAGCUUUCUCAUGGCUUAGUCACAGAGCAAGGAGAAUACUUGGCGAGAAUAUGGGAUGAACCGGAGAAUGAAGAUGCAGACUGUAGGCCAGGCACUUUCGCAGCUUAUCUCAGAUGGGCAAGUGUUUACUUUCAGCAAAUGAAAAAGCUCACGCCUGUGCAGCUGCCUGUCUAUGCAGACGCAAUCAUUACUGGAAACUUCCUGCAAAUUUUGGGUGAAUCUCAUGUGUAA